UUCUGUUGUUGUCGCCGUUGAAGUGAACAGGAGCCGACAUGUGUCCCGUGUGAUUUGUUUCCAGAUUUGUGCUCUGGAUCAUUCCUGGAGAAUGAAAAGACAAAGUGAAGAGAAGAGAAGCAGAAACACUUUGUUCACUGUGUUCCGCCUCGGAUCCGCCUCUCCAACAUCUCCAGCGGCUUUUAUGCGACUGGAGACACUAAAACACUAAAUAAUGGCGUUCUUCGUGAAAAAGAAGAAAUUCAAGUUCCAGACUCAUCUGACGCUGGAGGAGCUGACGGCGGUUCCUUUUGUCAACGGAGUCCUCUUCUGCAAGAUCAGGCUGCUGGACGGAGACUUCAUGGCCACUUCUUCCAGGCAGGAGGUGCAGGAGAACUGCGUCCGCUGGAGGAAACGCUUCACCUUCGUGUCCAAGAUGAGCGCCAACCCGGCCACCGGAGUCCUGGACCCGUCCGUCUGCAGGGUCUCCGUCAGGAAGGAACUCAAAGGAGGAAAAGCUUAUUCGAAGCUGGGCUUCACAGACCUCAACAUGGCGGAGUUUGCAGGUUCUGGCUCCACCGUUCGCUGCUGUCUGCUGGAGGGAUACGACACCAAGAACACACGGCAGGACAACUCCAUACUGAAGGUGAUCAUCGGGAUGACCCUGCUGUCUGGAGAUCCAUGUUUUAAAACGCCUCCGAGCUCAGCCAAGUCCAUCUCCGUCCCGGGACGAGAGCCCACCCUGCAGCUGGACUGUAAGGGGGAGGGGACGGGAGGAGCAGCAGGAGGCGCAGGAGGAGCAGCAGGAGGAGGAGUCUCUCUGGGCCGAGCCCCCAAACCCAGACCCUCCAUCAUCAGCUCAGGUCUGCUGGAGGAGUCCGAGGUGAACCAGUCUGGUCCUGCAGACGUCUUCCAGUCCGGUCACUCCCGUAACUCCAGCUACGCCAGCCAGCACAGCAGGAUCUCAGGCUACAGCACCGAGCUGUCGUGCUCGUCCAGCCUGUCUGACCUCACUCACCGCAGGAACACGUCGACAGGCAGCAGCACCUCUGGGGGCGUGGCCUUCACUGUGGACACGCCCCCCGACGGGGACAAGGACGCCGGACGUCCAGAGAGACCCCCUCGCCCCCCGCGGCCUGCCCUGCCCCCCAACAGGCCCUCCAGGAGGAAGCAGGACUCGGUGGAGACUCACCCCUCCUGGGUCAACGACACUCGCAUCGAUGCCGACGACAUCGUGGAGAAAAUCGUCCAAAGCCAAAACUUUGCAGACAUCAACAACACUGAAGACAGCAACCUGCGACUGUUCGUCAGCAGAGACGGGACCACCGAGCUCAGCGGCAUCAGGCUGGGAAACAGAGUUUCUGCAGGCGGCUACGAGCCCGUCGUCAUCGAGAGCCAUUAAAGCAGGAGACCCAGGGGCCCUCAGACCCAGGGGCCCUCAGACCCUCAGACC